UCGAUAGUCGUUCACCAUGACUUAAAAUACGACGUACACGAAUUCCAUAUAAAAUUCGUAAAGUCACAUGUAUCGUAAAUAAUCGCCUAUAACGAUAAAUUUAUUGUACUGAUAAGUGCAAAUGCAUACGUGUAACGCUAUUUGAGAAUUCAUCAGUUACGAUAUACAUGCCUCGUAAACGAAGAAAAAAGCCAGAUACGUGAAAGUAUGAUGACAGAAAUACGCAAAUUAAAGCGGUAAAGUAAUAGCUUCAUCGAGCUUCUGGUUUUAUAAUUUAAGUAUACAAACGAUGGCACCCACGAGAGAUAAAUGGGUGAGGCGUUUUAUUAUUCCAGAAACGACACGACAUAAGAAAGGCUUUACUAUUUACAAAGUCACAUCUGUGGUAUUUUUAAAAUGUUCUCAUGAAGAAAUUUCUAAAGUAUCUGUGUGGAAACGGUACAAUGACUUCAAAAAGCUUCAUUCAGAAUUGAAUGUUCUAUAUUCACAAUCACGAACUAAAGAAAGCUAUCCAUCAUUUCCAAAGCCAAAAUUUUUUGGCAGAUUUGAAGCAGAAGUUAUUGAAGAAAGAAGGGAAUGUGCAUUAAAAUUUCUAGAAUUUAUAGGAAGACAUUCAUACUUAUAUUCUAGUGAUAUUUUCAUAAAAUUUUUUGAAACUAGUCAUGCAGACUAUUGUUUAAAUGAUUGUUCACAAUCUCUUAGCUCUGAUACAUCAGCAGAGGAUGAUCGUCAUACUUAUAUAAAUUCCCUGCCAAAUAAUGACAUUGUUUCUCAAACUAUUCUUCAACCUAAAAGUAUUCAAAGCUCAUUAAUAAAUGUAUCCAUUCCUAAAAAUGAAGUAAACCAAUCUCAAGAAGCAUGUGAAUCUAAAGAACAAACAUUACAACAAAAUGAUUUAAGGUACAAAACUGAAAAUGAGAAAAUAUCCAUGACAAAAAAUGCAUGUAAUAAUUUACUUAUAGAAGACAAUGACCCAAACAAAAUUGCUUCUAAAUUAGAGCAUAAUCAAUUAAUUUGUAAUAAAAAUAAUAAUUGCUAUAAAGAUAAAAAUUAUAAUGUUAAGAAUGAGAAAGGAUCUACAAUUGUACAAACAUCAAAUACAGAUAUAAAUUCUGAUACCACUAAUGAGAAUUUAAGUUCUCCAGUAAUUACUCAUGAUGGAUCUGAUUUACCACAAUCAUGGCCAGAUUCUUCACAAUAUAUUUUAAUUGCAGCUGCACAUAUGAGUGCAGCUUUUAAACAUGAGGAUCUUACUGAAUAUGAAGAAGCAUUUACUCAAUACAAAAGGGGAAUCUCUAGUCUACAAUCUGGUGUUGAAUCUGACUCAAAUAAAAUACGGGCAGAAAUAAUUAAAGAAAAAAUAUCGAAAUAUUUAGAACGUGCUGAGAAGCUUUAUAAUAGAUAUUUAAAUUGUAACAUUUCAUUGUUAAAUAAACCUGUAUCGGAACUUCAAUAUUAUAAAGUAUUACAAAUUAUAGAAUCCGUGAUGCUUGUAAACGAUGUGCGCCAAAACUGCCUCAACAUUGUAAAAGCUAUAGAAAAAUUAUCUUCAAAUAAAGAAAGUAUAAGUAACUACAUAUUACGCGGUCAAAUACCGUAUAUGGUACGUUUACAUGCAUGUAUUGAAACAGAAACAAGAGUAUUCCUAAUUUUACAGCAUUUGAGCCGUGGAAAGUUAUGGGAUUUUAUAACAUCACAUUACAAUUCCAAUAACAAUAAAAAUUGUGAUAAAAUAACUGCAAAAAGUGUUACUGAGAAAACAAUUAAUGGUAAUAUUAUUUUAAGAAAAGGUGAUAUAAAAAAUGAAAUGGAAGGCACUAAGUUAAAGGAAAAUUUAAAUCUUAUAAGUACAAAUACCAAAGUACAAAUGGAGAUGCAUCCAGUAACAGUAGAAGAAAAAUACGAAAAAUAUAGUGAUGUAUCUACUACACAAUUAUUAGAGAAGGCACAAAUACUGUUGCAAUCAGUAAAUGCAACUUUAAGGGAAAGUAAUUCUGUUGCCAAUCGAUUAUGUGAAUCCGACGACUUAAUAAACCAUCAAGAUAAUACUUCAUUAUUGAAUUUUAAAAACAAUGUAUACCAGUCAAAAAAUUAUAACGAAGUAUCAGUGGAUAUCAAUGAUAUCUCAUUAAAAAUUGACGGCAUAAAUAAAAAGAUUACAAACGAUACAAUACCUGAAAAAAAUAUAAUAACUUCUAACUAUUUGUCACAGAAUAAUAUUACAAUUACAAAAAGUCAAAGCAGUACCGCUAAUUCAUCUUUAAGUAAUAGUUACAAGAAUCUAAGUUUUGAAAAAAAAGAAUCAAAUUCUUCAACGGAUAGUUUAAAAACAGAUAACACACAUUUUGCAACAGAACAUAAAAAUAGUAGCAAAAAUGAUUUUAUUACAAAAGGAUAUGAAUUAAGUAGAUCAACAGAAAUUUGUAACAAAACUGAAAUAAAUAAUUAUUGCAUAUCAGGUGAUCAGCACGUACAAAACAAUACUUGUUUAAUGGAAUCAACCAAAAAUAGCAAUAUAGAUACUGAACAAGAACUUUGGACAAUACCAGAAAAUGUAAUUCGUCUUUGGGCAGCUGAAAUACUUUUAGCAUUAGAAGCAUUACAUCAGCAAGAAGUUAUAGUUUUUGACCUAAAACCUAAUAAUAUAUUGCUUGAUGAUAAUGGGCAUGUGCAAUUAACAUACAUUAUGCCUCGUCAUGACAUAGAUUUAUUAAAGUAUAAAUAUCCGUACUCAUCUCCUGAAUUGUGCACGUUUUCACCCAUGAUAGCCCUUACUCCAGCUACAGAUAUCUGGAGCUUUGGCGUUAUAUUAUACGAAUUAAUAGUGGGUAAUAAAUUUCAAGUAAAGCACCCAGGUGUAUUUCAAUCACAUUCCAUUAUUAACAUUCCUAGUAAACUUUCCGAAAGUGCAAAAUCUUUGCUCCUCAAUAUACUAAAAUACGAACCGAAUGAAAGGAUGACAAUACCCGAGAUAAAACAACAUCCAUUCUUUAAAGACACUAAUUGGUCAAGUUUGGUAAAUACACUCUAA